AUGGCUUCAUUUGCCGUCACGGCUUACGCCGCCUUAUCGCACACGCCCAAGGCCGAGGAAGCUCUGUCGGGAAUCUUUGGCAGCAUCAGCUUGACCGCGUGGAUAUGCCUCCUCCUGCCGCAGCUCCUCGCCAAUUACAAGGCACAGAGCGCUGACGGCCUGUCUAUGGGCUUCCUGAUCAUCUGGCUGAUCGGCGACGCGACGAACCUCCUAGGCGCCCUCUUCACGCACCUUGCACCGACAGCAGUCGCCCUCGCGACCUAUUUCUGCUUCGCAGACCUCAUUCUCAUUGGCCAGUGCGUCUAUUACAACACCAAGAAUGCCCGUCGCGCGUCACGCCGCCGCUCCUCCGUCGCCCCGGCGGAAGCCACCGAAGACGAGCCCCUCCUCCCGUCCCCGCGCCGCCGCAGCUCCUCUGCCGCCGGCCUCCCCGGCUCGCAUCGUCGCCAGGGCCUGCACGAGGAGAGCUCGCUCGACCCGCUGCGCAAGAUGGUCACGGGCGAGGACGACACCCCGGACAGCAACCCGUGGCUGCACAACACACUGAGCAUCUUUGCCGUGUACCUCGUCGGUGCGGCCGGGUGGUUCGUCUCGUACAAGGCGGGCGCGUGGGACUCACCGGAUGCGGACCUCGGCGCGCCUGGACAGGCGGCCGGCACGCUGGAGAAGGUGGGCUUGUUCCUGGGCUAUGUCAGUGCCGUGUGCUAUCUCACGGCACGGAUCCCGCAGAUUGUGAAGAACUACCGGGAGAAGUCUUGUGAAGGCCUCGCGCUGCUCUUCUUCCUCCUCUCACUCACCGGAAACCUCACCUAUGGCGCUAGUCUGGUCGCCUUCAAGCAGGACAAGGCCUAUCUCCUCAACGCGCUUCCAUGGCUGCUCGGAUCCCUGGGUACGAUAGCUGAGGAUUUCGUCAUCUUUGCGCAAUUCCACAUGUACGCGCCGCGUCGCGAGGCGAAGCUGGACGACCAGGCGUAA